GCAUCCCGCCCGCGGCCGGACCUCGCCCCGCAUCCCGCCGCCCUCCCGCGCUCCUUCCAUCCUCCGCCCUCAUCCUGCCGCCCUCUCCUUCCAUUUUGAGCUUUGACGGCGCGGAUCCCCAACGCUCGCUUCCAUCCUCGUGGAUCCCCACCCACGAAUCCCGCGCUCCCUUCCAUCCUCGUGGCUUCCUUCAACAGCGCGGAUCCCCCACCCUCGAAUCCCAUUGCCGCAAUGGAAGGUCGUCUGUACCACGCCGUGGAUCCGCCACCCAGUACCGCGCCGUGGAUGGCAGACCUCCCAACCCUACCGUCUGCGGAUUCCGAUGAAGGCGCGAACCCGUGACAUGGUUGUAUCUCUGCUCGCCGCUCGAUACUCCGGUUCCGGUAAAACCUAGCAGCCGCCACUUCGUCGGACUCGGACCUCAGUGACACGCGCAGCGUGGCGCCGGCGUUGCGCAUCCGGAUCCGGCCAGCAGCCAGCCACGCAGUGUCGCGGUCGUCGGUCGUCGACGCAACUUCUCAGGCGCCGAUGCAGCACCCGGCAGCUGGCUGCUCGUCUUGGGUAUGUGGCCUCGACCCCCAACUAACCUGAUUCAAUGGGUGCUCGAUCUGGCGCUGCAGUCCAACGGCAAGCCUGGCGGCAUCUUCGACACCGCCGAGGAGCGCUCCCAGGAGGGAGGUCAAGAAUCCUAAGAAGCCGCUGUCGCGCGUGGCCUCGCGGGGCGUGCUUCCGGCCGACGGUGACGGCAGCGGCUCGACCAAGGGCAGCUACGUUCAUGAUGCAGCAGUAGAGACAAGAUAUCUGAAUGCUAGCAUUCGGGAGCUUGGUGAUCAUUUUCAGACAAAACGUGAUGGUGAAAAUGGUGUUGAUGCAUCAAUUGAAAAGAGAACACCUAAGCUACUUCAGUUUACUUUUCAAGAGUUGAAAUCUGCCACGCUUAACUUCAGGCCAGGCAAUAUUCUUGGGGAGGGUGGGUUCGGUUAUGUAUUCAAUGGGUGGAUUGAGCCAAACAGCACUGCUCCUGCAAAACCUGGCACAGGGGUUACUGUGGCAGUAAAAAGUUUGAAGCCAGAUGCGCUUCAAGGUCAUAGAGAAUGGGUGAAGUUGACUUUCUGGGACAGUUGCAUCAUAAACACCUUGUUAAGUUGAUUGGAUAUUGUAUUGAGGAUGAUCAAAGGUUACUUGUAUAUGAAUUCAUGGCACGGGGAAGUCUUGAAAAUCAUCUUUUCAGAAGGGCUCUUCCCCUACCUUGGUCCAACAGGAUGAAGAUUGUUCUAGGUGCCGCGAAAGGAGUAGCCUUCCUCCAUGGAGGUCCCAAACCUGUUAUUUACAGGGAUUUUAAGACAUCGAAUGUUCUUCUUGAUGUGGAGUACAACGCAAAACUAUCCGAUUUCAGUUUAGCAAAAGCUGGUCCUCAGGGUGAUAAAACUCAUGUAUAUACUCGGGUUGUUGGCACCUAUGGUUAUGCUGCACCAGAGUAUGUAAUGACAGAUGCGUUUUUUUUGGGACCAAGCCCUAUGGGCAACAAUGGAGAUGACCAGCGUCUUGGUUUAUCAAGAGGAAGUUAAUCCCUCUCAACUGAAACUCCCAUCAAAUUUGGGGCAUAGUGUGUCGAUUCAAUUGUAACUAUUAUAUGUCAUUUUGGGUUAGCAAACUGUAUCUACUAAUUUCUCAGCCUUAAGCCUUUUGAGCUAGAAACUUGUGUAAGGAUUUGUUGCACUAAGUGACAUGCUGAUAUUUGAACUAUUUAGGCUGCCAAAUCUGAAUUUUUUAACUAUCAAGUA